AUGGCCUCACCAUCUCCUCGCAAGCUAGCCUACCUUACCUUUGAUGUAUUCACGACAACUAGAUUCAAAGGCAAUCCACUUGCCAUAGUCAAGGUUCCGGCAUCAGUGACACUAACCCAGGAAGACAAGCAAAAGAUUGCUCGGGAAUUCAACUAUUCGGAGACGGUCAUUCUACAGGACAAUGACCAGGAACUAGCUAGCGUUGGAGACGCAGCUGACGUCAAAUUGCCCGAGUGGAAAAUCGGAAUCUUUUUAACAACAGCGGAAAUUCCUUUUGCUGGACAUCCAACCAUCGGGACGACGUGUUACCUAGGCGCCCAAAUCCAGGCAGCGCGCAGCCAGUUGGAAUCCUCCAAAGACCCUAUCCACGGGAGGGUUAUAGCGAAAGCCGGCCCUAUCCCUUUCACCUACGAUCCAGUGUCGAGGACGAGCUCCGUUGAAGUCCCACAGACCUUUCAUCUCCACGAUAAGGUGCUCACCGUCAAUGAGGCAUUAUCAAAUGGUCUCGCACCUGGAAUCGCCCAGAAUAUGGUACACCCACCGCCCUUUGUGUCCUUGGUAAAAGGAAUGACAUUUAUUCUGGUCGAAUUACCCUCUCUGGAGAUCCUGGGCGAGGUCCGUGCUAGCCUCCGAGACGUCAAUGUUGACGGCCAAUUGAAUACAGAAUGGCACCCUGAUGGGACAUUUACUGCUUUUGCUUUUUUCGUUCGCAUGGGGAAAUCUUCUGACGGCUCGAUUAAGCUAAGGACUAGAGUCGUCUUUGGUUCGACGGAGGAUCCGGCCACUGGCGCCGCCUCUUGUGCCCUUGUCGCUUAUCUUUCCCUGCUCUAUCCUGAAAAGGAAAACUUAUCCGGGAGCAGGAGAUUUGAGAUUACACAAGGCGUCGAAAUGGGACGUCAGAGCCAUAUAUUGUUAGAUGUCACUUUGGAUGGCUCAGGAACUAGUGUUGAACGUUUGAUGCUUAGGGGUUCGGCUGUACAGGUUAUGGAGGGCUGUAUCACCUUCUAG